AUGAGCUUUCACCUCAUUUGUCAGCCUCUUUUCCCAAACCAACUCCCCACCGGGGGCCUCGGCCGCAACCCCGGGAGCGGCUCUACCACCCCACGAGGAGAUAGGACCGACGCCGGCAGCAGCCGCCCCGGCCGCAGCCCCGUCCCCCGCUCGACGGUCCGCGAGAUGGCCUCGUCCCAGCUGUCGUCCGACCACAGUGCCGCCGCCGCGGGCACUGCCACCGUGGCCGUGGCCAUCGACAAGGACAAGAACAGCCCGCACGCCGUGCGGUGGGCCAUCGACCAUCUCGGGGCCAACGGCUCGGUUAUGACCCUGAUCCACGUCAAGAACAAGAACUCGCAACACACAAUCGCUCCUGGCACUGAUGCUGUGGGAGACCCAGCGGACGGAGAAUCGCGAGAUCUUUUCGCUAUGUACCGGGGAUAUUGCGCUCGAAAAGGGGUUCAAAUAAAUGAGGUGAUCAUUGAGGAGAAUGAUGUUGCCAAAGGCCUUCUGGAAUAUAUCGCAAACAACUGCAUCACUAGCAUUGUCAUGGGCGCAGCGAGUCGGAACACUCUAGCCAGAAAGCUGAAGUACACCGACGUGUCAUCCUCCGUUUCGAAAUCCGCGCCUGACUUUUGUAGCGUCUACGUGAUUUCAAAAGGGAAGGUAGUAUCGGUCCGGCAAGCGCGGCGGCCUGUGGUAAACACCGCGACUCCCCCUAGACAGCCAAAUUCUCGCUGCGUCUCUCCUAUUUAUUCGCCAGAACAGAUCAAGCUCCAGGACGCAGCCAGAGGAAACGGCAGGGGAAGAAGAAGAAGUACAGGAUCGGAUAUGAUGAGUAUGGGAAACGAGAGGAACCGAGUUGCUGCAGUGAACCUGUCGGUAGACAAUCUUGACCUCCGUGGGCUCAGUUCUUCGUCACAGCGAAAUUCUAUGUCCGACGACAGUGAUAUUUCGGAGUCUCUUUCUUUUGGAUCGAUGGAUUUGGCGGGCCAGAACUUGGAUUUCAGCAUGGUGGACUCGGAUUCGCUAGCAUCUUCGUCAAUCUCUCAAUCUUCUCGAGAACUAGAGGCCGAAAUGAAAAGACUCAGGCUUGAACUUAAGCAAACCAUGGACAUGUACAGCACUGCUUGCAAAGAGGCCAUCUCCGCCAAAAAGCAGGCUGAAGAGCUUCAUCUGUUGAAGAUUGAAGAAGCUCGUAAGUUCGAGGAAGCCAGGCUUGCAGAAGAGGCAGCUCUCGCUCUUGCCGAGAUGGAAAAGGCUAAGUGCAAAGCUGCCAUUGAAGCAGCAGAGAAGGCGCAGAAGAUGGCUGAAAUGGAGGCACAGAGAAGGAGACAGGCUGAGAUAAAAGCCAAGCUAGAGUCGAAAGAAAAGGUUCGAGCACUGAGUGCUUUGCACCAGAAUGAUUCCCGAUACAGGAAAUACACCAUACAAGAAAUUGAGGAAGCAACCGACAAAUUCUCGAAGACUAAUAAGAUUGGUGAAGGCGGAUAUGGGCCGGUAUACAAGGGAAAGCUCGACCACACGCCUGUAGCGAUCAAGGUAUUACGACCUGAUGCUGUUCAAGGGAAAAAGCAAUUCCAUCAAGAGGUCGAGGUUCUGAGCUGCAUGAGACAUCCAAACAUGGUCCUCCUUUUAGGAGCGUGCCCUGAGUAUGGAUGCUUGGUGUACGAAUAUAUGGACUUUGGCAGUCUAGAAGACCGCCUAUUUCGAAAAGGCAAAACCCCUCCGAUUUCGUGGCAUAAGCGGUUUGAUAUAGCAUCUGAGAUCGCAACAGCUCUUUUGUUUCUCCACCAAUCCAAGCCUGAGCCCCUUGUUCAUAGGGACCUCAAACCAGCCAACAUCCUCUUAGACCGUAAUUACAAGAGCAAGAUUAGUGAUGUGGGCCUAGCGAGGUUGGUCCCGCCUGCUAUAGCAGAUAGUGUUACGCAAUUUCACAUGACUUCGGCCGCAGGAACAUUUUGUUAUAUAGAUCCAGAGUAUCAACAGACGGGCAAAUUAACCACCAAAUCAGACGUGUACUCCUUUGGGAUAAUGUUGCUUCAAAUAAUCACAGCUCGACCCGCAAUGGGGCUGUCCCACCAUGUUAGAACUGCCAUCGAGAAGGGAACGUUCAAAGAGAUGCUCGAUCCAGCAGUGCCAGAUUGGCCAGUGGAAGAGGCUUUAGCAUUUGCUAAAAUGGCUCUAAUGUGCGCAGAGCUGCGAAAGAAGGAUAGACCUGAUCUUGGAACGGUUGUAUUGCCAGAGCUUAACCGGCUGAGGGAUUUUGGAAGCAACUUAGAAAGUAGCAGUGGUAACAGUCCCAGCCAUGGACCUAGCUCUCCCACCGUUGUAAGCCGUGGACCAAGUUCUCCAGUUUUAAGUCUUCGUCAGGGUCUGUCAUAUGAGACUUCAACUGAUGGAAACGAUGGAUGAAUGAAUGCAUAUGCGAGCAAGGAUGACAUCGACCAAUCUUGAAGAACUCACAGUUUCAGGACUCAUCACACAAAAAGCUACAUGGUAUGCAAUGAUCCUGGUCCUGCUAUUACCCAAUCAGAUUAAACUGUGAAGAUCAUUUUUUUGGAGGCUUGUUGAUAUUAGAAAACAGUUCAGUGAGGAAUGUGUAUACUUAAGCUUUUUUCAGCAGACAAUUACUACCGCUUGAAAUCAAAAUUUUUGUGCUACCUGCAUUGACCGAA